GGCCUGGGGCCGCUGUCUGACUGAGCAGUCUCGCUCCCGUGCCGCCGAAGUUUCGCCGGGCGGUUUUCAGUGGCGCUCCGCGUACGGCGUUGACAACGAGAAAAAGCAACACUCUGAACAACCGCCCGGACAGGCAACCGACCAACCAUCCAAUCCCCCCGGCGAGCUGCUCGGCGCAGAGGCCGGCCCGAGUAUCUCGGCUGGCCUGGCCGCUGGCUGGGAACAUGAGCGACAGACAGACACGUUGGACCGGGCAAAAAACUGCUGCUGGAACGCGGCGGACAGCGCUGUACCGAGCAUCCCUUUUAUGCCGCGAGGAUGUUGACGGAGCGCCCGCCGACUCGCCGAUAUUCUAGACCACCCAGCUGACCUCGCCUCUUGUUCCAGCGCAGAAUCGGUCCUCACCCGGGUUCUCGCCAAGCGCAGCAGUGCCCGUCAGCGUCCACUCCACACACUACCCACCACCCGCUUACUGGAGCCACCCGCGACGACUCGGUCGGGAGACCCACGACCGCAACUCUCACGGCGCCAACCUUCCGAGCCUUACCAAGCGACGUUUGUGGCCAGCUAGCGAGGCUAUACCGAGAAGAGCAGAACAGCGUAUAUACAGUCGCAGCGAGCCAGCCAAGCAGGCCCGAGCACUAGUGGCCACGCCACACACCCUCACCCAAACCCGUCCCCCACAGACCUCCCCGCCAUGCCGCACAACGAGGACGGCGAGCCAUCCACGCUCUCGGAGCGCAUCACCGAGCUCUCACGCAAGGUGUCGGUCGAGGCUGGAGUUGGCCCGAUCGCGCUGUAUGCGAGCCGGAGCCGCUCGGCCUCGAGCUCGUCGGCGAACCGCCCCACCAACGUCCAGUUCACCGAGCCGGCCGACAGUGAGCGCGGCGCAAAGCAGCGCGCGCUGAGCCGUUGCGCCGAGAAGCCGACGCUGCCGCGCAUCGACUCGGAGAAAACGCUCGCGCCGGUCUUCGCCGACGACGACGAUGAGGAGGACACCGAAAGGGCAAAGGAGCCUCCCUCGCCCUCGUCGCCCGUGUCCCAGCUCGAGAUGAAGGCUACCCGCACCACGACGCGCGCAUCAGCGAUGACGGCGCAGAGCGAGAAGUCACGCCCUGCCGUCGACGACGACCAGCGCACAAUCGAGGAGAUUGAGGAGGAAAUCGUCGCCAAGAUGUCCAAGACGCGCAAGAUCCUCCUCGGCUUCGUCAUGAUGAUGAAUGUGUUCAUUGCCUCCAUGAUGUCCAACGGCGUCCUCGUCACCAUCCCCGUCAUGGCGCGCGACCUGGGCGUGUCGCAGCUCGAGGCGCAGUGGGUCGCGUCGGCCUACAACCUCGCGUACGGCUGCGGGCUGCUCUUCGCGGGCCGCAUGGCGGAUAUCUGGGGGCGCAAGCUGCUCUUCAUCUCGGGCCUGAUCGCGUCCAUUGCCUUCUCGUUCAUCUCCGGCGGCAUGCGCCAUACGCUGGCGCUGUGCAUCAUCCGCGCGUUCACCGGGCUCGGGCUGGCAGUCGCCACGCCCGCGGGUUUUGGCAUCAUCGGCGUGACCUUCCGCCAGGAGCCGGGGCGCACCAUCGCGUUCGCCGUCUUCGGGCUGGGUAACCCCAUCGGCGCGAGCGUCGGCGUGCUCGUCGGCGGCGCGGUCGCAGGGAUCAACGCCCACGGGUGGCAGUACUUCCACUUCGUGCUCGGCGGCCUCGCGCUCAUCCCCCUCAUCCUCGGCCUGUUCGUCAUCCCGCGCGACCUCGCCAAGAACCAGGCGACCGACAAGCGCAUCGACUGGCUCGGCGGCUUGCUCAUCACUGCCGCGCUGUGUCUGUUUACUUUCAGCAUCACGCAGAGCGGCAUCGCCCCCAAGGGCUGGGGCACGCCGUACAUCCCCGCGCUGCUCGCGACCUCCAUUGUGCUCUUUGGCCUCUUCGGCCUCUGGGAGCACCACGUCGAGCACCGCCUCUCCCUCCCGCCGAUUGCCAAGCUCUCGCUGUUCACCCGCGACGGGUGGAAGAUCACCAUCGUCAUGCUCUGUGCCUUCUGCCCCUUUGUGGCCGUCGCCGGCUGGGUCUACCUCACCACCCUUUUCUACCAGGAGUACAAGGGCUUCACGGCGCUCAACACGGCCAUCCACACGGUCCCCGCCGCCAUCUGUGGCAUCUUCGCGGCGCUCGCCGUCAUGUGGAUCGUGCCCCGCCUGCGCACGCCCUACGUCCUCGCCCUCGGCGGCUUCCUCUCUGGCAUGGCGUGCAUCAUCUACGCGGUCGAGCCGACCGGCACGCUCUACUGGAAGGCCGAGUUCAUCGCGCUCCUUCUCCUCCCCUUCGGCGCAGACCUCACCGUCGGCAUCGGAUCCAUCCUCAUGUCCAACCUGUGCAACGACAACGAGCAGUCGGUCGGCGGCGCCCUCUUCCAGACCGCCACCCAGAUCGCCGCCGCCAUCGGUAUCUGUGUCUCGUCGCUCGUCACCAACGACGUCGCCACCCGCAAGGGCGACUACUACACUGGCUUGCGCACGUCCUUCUUCAUGUGCUCGGCAUUUGCCUUUGUCGUCGUCGCUCUCGCCUUUGGCUUCAUGCGCAAGUGGCCGCUGGCAAAGCACGUCGGCUUUGCUCGCGAGGAUGCGGCGCACUAGAGAGGGAGGUUGGCAUAACCAUAGACUCAUCAUCACAUCAAUCACGGACACUCAGCAGCAUCAUAGAAUGUAGACGCUUGACUAGGCAGGCGACAAGAUAAUCA